AUGGACGCGGACGAACAGGAAGAGGACGAGGACGAGGACGACUUCGAGUGGACCGCCGUAGAUAGGAUGCGGUUGUGGCGGCACGAUGCCCUGAUGCAACAUCUAUACGAAACCGCCGCAUUCUGGGGCGACAAGGUGCUCAGUUGGACUAACGACCCGAAUGACGCCUUUUGGCUCGCUCAAACAUACUUCUUCACUAAUCAAUACUCCCGCGCCGAAAAGCUCCUCACCCGCCCGUUCCCAGCCGGCCCACCUAACCUCCCGCCCAAACCGCACCCAUCCGUCUUUGGCCAAUCUCCCCAACGUCUCCCGGACGAGAAGGUCGCAGGGCCUUCCAACCAGUACCAACACCAAAGCGCCAAUGGACCAUCGGCAGCACCCUUCGUCUUUGGUGCGCAAGUCAAUCAUCCAUCCGCAUUUCACGCCGCGGCGCAAGCGGGUGGAGGAAAGGGCAAGGCGCCUGCUGUAGCUCCGGCUCCGAAUCCAGCUCCUCCUGGAUUGGGCGUUGCCAUCGAAAUCGGACUAGGAAACAACCUGGGUCUAAAUCCCACAGCGUCCCUUCCCAUAAACCUCGGCACAGGCCUGAGCAUAGGGAACGGGCGACUCCCCGUUGGGCCCAGUGCGAUGAUCGACGUCGCUGCGGAGAGGAAUGUUAACGUCGACGGCGUCCAGGGUCUGGGAGACAGUGAGGACGAAGUGAGCAGGUUGGUAGAUAUGAGCGUGGCAUGUCGGUAUCUGGCGGCGCAGUGCCAGGUGAGACAAGGGAAGUGGGCGGAGGCGACGGAGAUGCUGGGAGAGGCGAACCCAUUCAGAGAUCUAGACGACAAUACCAUCCAAUUGCCCAACACGGACGGUGGCAUUAAGAUUGAGGCGUCUAUGUGCCAUCUUCGGGGGAUCCUAAUGAUGAAGCUCGGCAGAGGAGAGACGGCGAAAAACUGCUUCAUGGAGGCACUCGCUCUGGACGUGAAGUGCUAUGACUCGUUCGAUCAACUGGUCAGCGGGGAAAUGAUGACCCCGGAGGAAGAGUGGAAUUUCGUGGAGGGACUCGCCUUCAAUCAGCAAACACCGGAAGAUGCUGACUUUGUUCGUCUCAUCUACACAUCUCGUCUUCGGAAGUAUAAACACACCGAAGAGCAUACACUUGUUCGACGACGGCUGGUGGAAGAAUAUGGGCUCGCGGAUAACCCAGACUUGCUGUACGCGUUUGCGGACGCGUUAUAUGCGCAGUUCAGAUGGGCAGACUGUUUCGCCAUCACGUCCCGGAUACUGGGUUUGGUAUCAGUGCACGUGCCGACUAUGCCUCUCCAUCUGGCAUGUAUGCACCAUCUUGGACACCUACACUCGAGGCUAUUCGUGCUUGCGCACGAGCUUGUCGACAAGGAACCCGAGUCGGCGAUCAGUUGGUACGCUGUUGGGGUUUGGUACAUGAGCCAGAAGAAGUGGAGUGAAGCGAGGAAGUACUUCAGCAAGACCUCUCUGAUGGAUCCACGGUUCGGCCCUGCAUGGAUUGCAUUUGCCCAUACUUUCUCGUAUGAAGGCGAACACGACCAUUGCGUCACGGCCUAUUCGACAUGUGUGCGCAUGUUCCCUGGGUCUCAUCUGCCGAUGCUCUUUAUGGGCAUGGAACAUAUCAUCCUUGCCAACCACGCUCAGGCAGAGGAGGCCUUCGAGGCUGCCAGGAUGAUAUGCGACGAGGACCCGUUGUUGUACAACGAGCGAGGGGUCAUGGCGUAUACCCGCGGAGAGUAUGCUCAAGCCGCUGAGCUCUUCAAUGAGGCUAUUCGCGUCGCCGAAGUAGUGCAGGGAUCGAUGCAAGCGUGGGCGGCGACGUUCGUCAACCUCGGGACCUGCUAUAGGAAGCUCGGCCGUCUGGACGAAGCCAAAGCUGCAUAUAUGCGCGUCAUACAGGUCUCGCCCCACAAUGACGAAGCGCUAGCAUUCCUCGGCAUCGUGAGCCACUUACAGGGAGACGUAGAUGGCGCGAUUCUCAAGUAUCAUGAGUCCCUGAGCGUGCGCACCAACAAAUACGUUCAGGAGCUGCUCGAGCUAGCAUUGGAAGACAACUCUUCCCCUGAACGGCUGGCGCGUACGGCGGUGCCGCCUCGAGCGCUUCCUAGGCACCGACCAAGAGAGACGCGCAGCCAGUAACCAGCUUGCAGGCCUGAGGCUUGCUUAGUUAUCACCUCGGCGGACUGGCAUUCUCCGUUGUUGAGUAUAACAGUAUAUGAUAGGUCGAGAUCUGCCAUCGGAAGCAACCUGCGGCAUACAUGAGAUGCCGAUAAUGC